AUGGGUCGGAGAAGGGAAUUAAAUCUGGGAAUUUUGGGAUUUGGAAUUUGGGAUGGGUCAGAGGAGGUUUGGGGAUGUUGGGAAUGGGAGAAACCGGCUGGAGCGCACCUCAACCACGGCACCAGGAAGGUGAACGAGGCGGAGCAGGAGCGGCUCUGGAGCGAGAGGGAGCACCAGAGGGUGACCAGGCUGUGCCAGGAGGCCGAGGCCGAGGUGCAGCGGCUGCAGAAAUCCCUGAGGCGCGACAUUGCCCGCAGCCGGCCCUACUUCGAGCUCAAGGCCCAGUUCAACCAGAGGCUGGAGGAGCACAAAUCCCGUGUGAAUUCCCUGGAAUCCGCCGUGUCCCAGGCCAAGCUCCGUUAUUCCGUGGCCCUGCGGAAUUUGGAGCAGAUCAGCGAGGAGAUCCACGCCCGAAGAUUCCAGAGAAUCCUCCGGAAAAAACACCGGGAAAACCCCCUGGGAGCCGAGGGGGGGCCCCAAAACCCCGAAAUCCCCGGAAUUCCUGGCAAAAUUCCUGGCGAAGUCAACAAAAUUCCCGGUGAAAUCCGUGGAAUUCCUGGCAAAACCGGGGGAAUUCCCGGUGAAGUCGAUGGAAUUCCCGGCGAAAUCCGUGGGAUUUCUGAAACUCCUGGCGAAAUCCGUGGAAUUCCCGGCGGAAUUCCCGGUGAAACCAACAGAAUUCCUGGUGAAAUCAGCGGGAUUUCUGAAAUUCCCGCGGAAAUCGGCAGAAUUCCCGACAAAAUCCGUGGAAUUGCCGGUGAAAUCAGCAGAACUCCAGGUGAAAUCGGCAGAAUUCCUGGGGAAAUCACCGGAAUUCCCGGCAAAAUUCCUGGAAUUCCCGGUGAAAUACGUGGGAUUUCUGGAAUUCCCGGUGAAAUCAGCGGGAUUUCUGGAAUUCCCGACGAAAUCAGCAGAACUCCCGGCAAAAUUCCUGGAAUUGCUGGUGGGAUUCACGGCGAAAUCGGCACAAUUCCUGAGGAAAUCGGCGGAAUUCCCGGUGGAAUUCCUGGGAAAAUUCCUGGAAUUCCUGGCGAAAUCCGUGGGAUUCCUGGAAUUCGGGGCGAAAUCAGCAGAAUUCCCGAGAAAAUCCGCGGAGUUUCGGGGGAAAUCAGCGGGAUUCUCGGCGAAAUCAGCAGGAUUCCUGGUGAAAUCCAUGGAAUUCCCGGCGAAGUCAUGGGAAUUCCCGAGGAAAUCCCGGGAGCGGCGGGCGAGGACGCCGCGCCGGCGGCGGGGAUUUCGGAUUCCGGGGAUUCCCUGUCGGUGCUGAGCCUGCAGACCAUCGCCUCGGACCUGCAGAAGUUCGACUCGGUGGAACAUUUGUCGGGAAUUCCGGGAAUUUCGGGAAUUCCCGACGCUCUGAGCCUGCACAGCGAGGAGUUGGGGGAGGGGAGGGAGGAGAGGGAGAAGCGCCGGAAUUUUCGGCAUCACCGCAGCGUCAGCCUCUGA